AUGAAACGAAAAGAACGUAGCUGGAUGUACGAAAGGAAGGUAGGGAAUUCUGUUAAUCCUGAGUUCUUGAAGGGGGUAGAUGAAUUCCUUAAAUAUGUGGAAGAUCAUCCCGAGAGUAGCAACCCGAAUGAAGUUAGGUGUCCAUGUUUUAAAUGCAAAAACAAACGUCUUUGGGAUCCAGAUACAGUUAAACUUCAUUUGCAUCGCAACGGUUUUUUACCUAAUUACUAUGAGUGGAUGUGUCAUGGGGAAGGGUUUCCAGGAACUUGUAGAAGGCAGUCAAAUGAAUAUCUUGAAAUGGUUUUGGAUGCCUUUGGUCAGUCUCAAGAUCAAGGCCAUUCCGAAGAGCCACCUGUUUCAUUAGAGGAGGAGCCUAAUGCACAAGCCAAGCCAUUUUUUGAUUUGUUAAGGGCUUCUGAACAACCGUUAUACGAAGGGAGUUCAUUGUCUGUGUUAGAGAUGGCUUCUAGAAUCACUAGCCUAAAGUGUGAGUAUAAUUUGCCGCACAGAUGUGUUGAUGGAUUUACUUCUUUGGUUAAUGAAGCGAUUCCUAACAACAACCACAUGGCCGAGACAUUCUAUGAGGUCAAGAAAAUUGUUAAGGGGUUAGAGCUGCCCCAUGAAAAGAUUCAUGCAUGCCCGAAAGGAUGUAUGUUGUUUUGGAAAGAUGAUGCUCAAUUAUUUACAUGUAGGGUGUGUGGCAGCGACCGAUACAACAAGACUUCUAAAGGUAGCUUAGUGCCUUUGAAUGUUCUAUUUUAUUUCCCUAUCACACCUAGGUUGCAAAGGCUUUUUGCAACUAAAAACAUUUCUGAGGAAAUGACAUGGCAUGCUAAAAAUCCUCGAGUCCAAGGCACCAUGGCAUACCCUAGCGAUAGUGAAGCGUGGAAACACCUAGAUAGUUGCUUUCCUGAGUUUUCCUCUGAACCUCGUAAUGUUCGACUUGGUCUAUGUACGGAUGGAUUUGCUCCACAUGGUUAG